AUUAUUUUGCUUGCAGAUUCUCUUACCAUAGAUUUAUCAAGGUGUUCUUCAAUGCACUUCCUUAGCUAUAGAGAUUGUCUAGCUCUGCAGUUGACGAAGAGACCUCAAUAAGUGCAUCGGUGUUUCAGCUGGUUGAUGACACAACUAAAAUGUCGGAGGAGUUGCCUCAAUGCUUGAGGCAGUUCUACGAUGGAAGGAAGGAACAAACAUAUCCUUCCAAAGACCUGCCGCAGCCUCCCCCUUGGCUCAACCCCCAACUUUUUACACGCGGCCAAAAGUUUGCACAAGACCACUUCUAUGCACUCGCUUACUCGGAUAUUGUAUCUUUGAUUGCCUUGUUUUCAUUGAAAGAUAGUCUGGGCCCUCUUAUUUUUACUGGCAACUCGUCCUGCGUUUUCUCCUCUUUCAAACGGUACGUUUCGACUGCCCUUCGUGUUCUCUCCUGGUAUGAGGGAGACGUAUUCGACCCCAAUUCGACGGCGGGAAAGAAUAUAUUGAGAGUGCGUAACAUGCACAGGCUCGUGAUAGAAAGGCUGAAAGCAACUGAAUCAGAUGUAUUGGCUGAAAGGACAAAUAUUGUGAGGCCACUGGAGAGUUUGGCUUCUGUUGUAAGACAGGACAUGAACCUAGUGCAAGGAGUGGAUGACGAGGGACACAGCGUUGGCACUCUUCCUCUCAACCAGUGGCACUCAGGAAUUACCCAGUUUAUGUUCAUAGGCAUGGUCGUCACGAACCCUGAAAAAUUAGGAAUAGUAUUCUACACCGAAGAAGACCUUGAGGCCCUUGUGCACUUGUGGGCAGUGCUGGGCUACAUGAUAGGCAUCAAAGAUGAGUACAACCUGUGUAUUGAUGGACUAUCAAGUUUCCGAGAAAGGGGCAUCGCUCUGCGCAAGGCUUGCAUUUUGCCAAGUCUUAAGAACGUGGAUGGGCAAUGGGAGCACAUGUCCAGAUGCAUGGCGCAAGGAACGGGUUUGUACAUGCCAAGUGUAACAUUUGAAGGCCUGUUAUUGUACUUAUUUUUUGUGCUUGAUCUGCCAAUUGUUAAUUUAUGGAACGUUAUUGGAUGGAAACACAAGAUUUUGUUUUCGGUUUCAAAAUUUUUUCUUACAAUCGCCAUUUACACUCCGGGAUUUAGGUCACUAUACAACACUAUAACUCGAAAGGGGCUCAGCGUUGCUGAGAAGGCGGAGCCAAACUGGAUGGUCCAAGUCAGGGAAAAGGCUUCUUUGUACCAUGAAAAUUUUGAAUACAUGAAGUGAUUCAAUGAGAGCAAAGACUACACUUCAGCUAUAGAAUGUUCCAUGACAUGCACGAUAUUUUUUGCUCAACUAUAUUCCAAAUUAUUGUAGAUAUUUUUAAAAUAAAAGUAAAAACGGGAAUGCAGAGUUGAUUUCAAAUUUAA